AUGUCAGGAGCAGCCUCAGUUGUAGACCCUGUGGAGAUCGACUCCAUGCUUGAGUCAGACUUUCAAAGCUGCGAGCAGCAUGAUCGUGCCGUGAUUUGGACAGCCGGACUUCUGCGUGAUGAGGCGCAGAAGCUCUUCCAAGAGAUGACGCAGCUGAGAGUUGCGGUGAGAAGACUCAUGGUCGCAGGGAAUGGCCUUGGCGACCAGACGAUGACGGCGCUGUCUGCAUACCUCUGGCACAGCCCCGAGCCGCUUUGGGAGCUCGGCCUGGCCGACAACAUGAUCAGCGACAAGGGGGCGGAGGAGCUCCUGAGGUGUCUCUACAACCACCCCAGCCAUCCGCCUAGGCUUCCCGACACUGCGGGGCCGGGAAGCGGAAGCGCGUUUGCGCUUCGCCUUGAUUUUCGGAACAACCGCCUCGAGGACCAGGCCGGCUUGGUUCAGCGAGUGGAGUCAGCUGGCGGGUCUGGAUCCGUUCAGCUCUACGUGACGGAGGGUGACGGACCGCCGCCUCAGCCGGCACCGAGCAGUGGCUCACUGCCCUACCUUUGGGUCUUCCUGCCGCGACUGGCAGAUCAGCAGAAGGACAAAGAUGGGAAGGAUACCAAGGCCGACAGAGACAAGAAAGACAAGGACAGGGAGAAGAAGGACGAAAAGCAUGCCAAGGGCUCCAGCAAGCGAGACAAGCGGAAGAGCAGGAGUCCGUCGAGAGGGAGGAGGUCAGCCCGGCGACGAUCUGGUGAUCGCCGCCGCCGGAGAAGCAGCAGAAGCCGCAGCAGCAGAAGCCGGAGCCGCAGCCGCCGAAGGAGUCGGAGCCGCAGCCGGCGAAAGGCUUCUCGCAGCCGGUCGGCCAGCCGAAGUCGACAGGCUCGGCGGCGGCGAUCGCCCAGCCGUAGCCGCAGUCGAAGCCGGCCCAAGCAUAAGAAGGACGAGAGCAACCGCACGCUGCCAGCAUGA